GGCCGCUGUUGCAAGUCAUUCCCCUCUCCAGACUCUCGAGACUGUGAGGAUGGCGGACAUUCGGCCUCACAUUGCGAGCCAGACGAAAGGACCAAGGAUCCUGGGAACCUUCUGGGCCUUUUACACCGUGAGCCUGUUGAUGGUCUCGGCACGACUCUACAUUCGAGCGAGAUGGCUGAAGAACAUUGGGCUGGAUGACUACAUUAUUGCAGCGUCCAUGGUCAUGUUAACAGGCUACACGGUCGUCUCCACAGUCAACGUCGGUCUCGGGUACGGAAAGCACACCGCGGUCAUACUGCAGGACGGGGGCAUGGACUUGCUGGUUAAGAUCCUGAUUGUCAAUUACGCAGACUUUGCGCUGGGAAUCAUGUCGUUUACGACGCCCAAGCUUGCAAUCGCCGCACUCUUGAACCGCGUUAUGAACCCGGGAAAGUUUCAGCGAUGGUGGCUGUGGUUCCUGACAAGUCUGGUGUUUGUAUCCUCGACCAUUUGCAUCGUGGUUCUGUUCACCAUGUGCGAUCCACCCAAGGCACUUUGGCAAAUAGAUCUUCUAUCUGCGGGGCAGGCGACGUGUCGCCCACAAAAGAUCCUUGUAGGUUAUGCAAUCUUCACAGGAGCUAUAUCUGGCUUCGUCGACUUAUACCUCGCCGUGUACCCCACCAUUGUGCUGGCUCGGUUACAAAUUACACUGAAGAAGAAACUGGCAUUAUGCGCGGCGCUUGGAAUGGGUGCUGUGGCGUGUGCUAUGGCAAUCGUCAAAUGCUUCCAAUUGCCUAGUCUCUACGAUACCUCGGACUCGACAUAUGCAACGGCCGACCUUGUGAUCUGGACCAGCAUCGAAUCAAACAUCAUAAUCAUGGCCUCCUGCAUCCCGACCCUCGGCCCACUCUACGAAAUGGCCCGUGGCAAACGCUCCUGGAGCUCACAUCAGCGCUACUACAAGAGCAGCGGGAACAAUCCCCACUCGUCUUCACACAAUCGCCACGUUCGGAAACAUACCUUUAGCGGACAGAAGGAUAGGGACCUCAUGACGACGAAUAUCAAUACGACGAAGAAUGGGAGUCAGGAGAACAUACUGCCGUUGGAUGAGCAAGGGAAGGGACUGGGAGUGGGGCGGUUACCCAGAAAUGGAAUCCAGCGGACGGAUCAGGUUGUUGUCGAGUAUGAGAUGCGGCCGUUGGAUCCGGAGGGGCAGUCCUCCUGGUGAGACGGAGUAUAGAUAGGAGUGUCCAUUCUGGGGCCUACGCCGUUAGGAGGUGUUGCCGUGUAGGACAUUUAUAGCAUAUAUGCGCCCUGGAAAUAAUAGACUAGAGCGAUGAUAACGAAGCGAUUCACGCGUUGUGUCUAUUCGUCACAGCUGAAGAGGCUCGCCCACAUUCGUGUCCUUGACGCGAUUCAUAGGACUCUGCAAUGGG